CCUUGAGUGUGACCUUAAGAAGCAGUGGAUAUGAAAGUAACAUAGUCCUAAUACGGUCGAAGAAUCUCAUGUGCGCAUAACUCUGUGUUCUGUGCCUAAUACAAAACUGAUCAGCAGGAUGACAUCAAUUCUGUCCCGUGUAUACUCUACCGUAGCUAACAGUCGUAAUCGUUAUUUAUUGCAAUGUAAGAAGCAUUUAAACGAAAUCUUGAAAUCUGGUGUACUUGGUGCUGAAGCAGCUACACUGGAUGUAGUUGAGCUUAUCCCUGGAGAUAAAUAUGCAAGAAUUGAUGUCAAUUGUGUAUUACCAGUGUGUAAUAAUUUCACGACAACAUCAACAAAGCAAACGUCUGCAACAUUGGCUUUUCGUAUUCAACAGUAUGUGAACAGUGGAGAUAGUGAAUUAAGAUCAUAUCUACACAAAAAUUAUCCUAAAAUGAAAAUUCCUAUUUUCCAGUUUUGUGUUACUCAACAGACUUAUAAGGUAGACGUAUCGUCCAAUCACCAGAAAGGCAUACAAUCGCCGACUGAUUCAUGUAAUCUUUCAACUUCAGCGAAACCUAAUAAUGUCUAUGGUUUAGAACGUGACAAACUCUUAAAAACAAUUAAUUCAAGAUUAAAAGCUCUACGAAAGAAAUCACAUCCAUCAGAAGCAAGAAAUUUGGUAUCUGAAGAUUUCGGUGACGGGGAUGACGAUGAUGAAUUGGAGAAGAGUAUUUCACUUGAAAAUGGUCAACGUGAUCAAAAUUCUACAAUUGCAUGGGCUAAAUUUUGGAAAGAAAGACAAGAUUGGCGAUCAAUAGCUAGACAAGAAAGACGACGUGUUAAUCAAAGUAUUGGUUUAAAUUAUCUAACACACAUGAACACACUAAAUAAAUGAAUAAAUAAGAAGGAGAGGACAGAAAGUUAUUACUGUUACUUUGUACAUAGUAAAUAAUUAAUUGUACAAUAAAAAAUCAUUCAGCC